AUCUGACGCACACAGUAAAAGUUAGUAAUGAAGUUACCAUUUUAAGAAAAUUUCUCUUCAGAAAUCGGAAAUAGUGUCAACGGAAGAUUGUCAUCCGGUGAUGUUGUUCCAGUCUGAAUCACUAAAAACAGUUGUGUCAUUCUUUUGAAGAAAAAUGAUAGCCAAUAUAUUUUUGUCUAGAUUUAUUCACAACGAAAUUGCUAAACCAUGAUUGCUGUAUGGAAUAUGAUACUUUUUCUAUUGUAUGACGCAGUUUCUAGUGAAUGGGCAACUAUCAAAGAAAAAGAAGGAACAGAAAAAGCUAUACAAUGUUAUUCAGACAUGCUUAUUAAUGGCGAUAUAUCCCACUUGUUUUUAGACGUCACGAGUCCUGAAAAGAUCGAUGCCUUUUGUGGACGAAUAUCACGGUUGAGGAAGUGCAUUGCUGAAAACGAACAUCAUUUAUCUGUUCCCCAAAAUACCCAAUACCUUCAAAAAGUAAGAGGAGUGGAAACAUUUUAUCUCAAUGUUUGUCCACCAGGAACGGAAAUCACAACCCAAUACAAAGGAAAUUCCCCAUGUUUUCAAUUAAUAAAGAAAGAAAUUUUGUUCUGUGGAUCAGAUUUACCUGACGUAUCAAGUUACGCAAUGCAAUACGAAGAAACAACUCGAUGCUGUGCGUUAAAAAGUCACAGAGAAUGCAUGUACAAAGCUGUUUCUGGAUAUUGCGGAACAGAUGCUGGAGACGUUACCACAAAGAUUCUUGUGAAGUUCUUCCACCCACAACUUAAAGGCUGUGACAAAGUUUAUCCCCGCUGCCAAGAACACGGAUUCACAGACUCAUCAGAUGUCCGGCAAACGUAUAAUCCAUAUGGUCCAGAUGAUAUCGGACCAAGAACACCAAACAGACGAUUCUACGGCAAUCACCCAGAACCACGUGAAACAGAAUCUGAAGGCAGUUGGAAAGAUCACGAAACAGUUGAUAGGAAAAAAUGUAAAUCAAAUGGAAAUUCCGUUUAUGGAAUAACGAGCAGCAUUUCAAGUUUUUGUGUCAUUUUUUUACAAUUAUUGUGUACUAGAUACUAUUGGUUUUAGUAACGUAAUUUUGGGUAUUGUUAUCAUCUUACUCAUCAAAGCAUAAAAAGGACAAAGAAUUUCAUAUUUUUCAUAUAAAACUAUAUUCAUUUACAUUGUAUUAGAAGACAAUAUUUUAUUAUCAUGUUGAUAUUGUAAUAAAAUAUUCAUGAGAAACUUGCGGAAAAACCAUAAAGGCAACAAAAAAAACUUCAUAAUCCUUCACUUUGUAAAAAAUUAUGUUGUCAUAUGUUGAGAUAAAACGAAAUAAAUUUAUAUUCUUGUAAGAUAAACUCCAGUAUGCAUCAUUAUCUCUAGCAUGCAGAAAUAUUUGUAAAUAUUGAACUUGUGUGCAAAAAAAAACUCAAGACUUAACCAUAGCCGCAGCAGUCGGUUGUGAGACUGUUAAAAAUGGUUUAAAUUGAAAUUUCGCACUCAGCUGCAAGAUUGUGACAAUAUGGCCAGCAUUUCAUAAACGCUGUUUUUACUUCCCAGACAAGCCGAU